ACAGCCAUGUCCUGCUAUGACCUGUGUUCUCCCACCCCCUGUGGCCCAACCCCGCUGGCAAAUAGCUGCAACGAGCCCUGCGUCAGGCAGUGCCAGGACUCCACAGUGGUGAUCCAACCAUCUCCCGUGGUGGUGACCCUGCCUGGACCCAUCCUCAGCUCCUUCCCUCAGAACACUGCCGUGGGUUCCUCAGCAUCUGCAGCCAUCGGGAGUGCCCUCAGUGCUGGAGGUGUCCCCAUCUCCUCCGGCAGCUCCUUGGGAUUCGGCGGCUUUGGGUAUCCAGGCCUGGGCAGCGGGUACAGCCGGCCCUACCGUCGCUACAACACCUACCGCAGUGGCUUCUAUGGGCCGUGCUAA